AUGGAGGACACAGGUGGCCCCAAGGCCUUACCGGACCCCAGUUCACAGUCCACUAGUGGGGCCUGGCACGAGAUGAGAGGAUCUAAUGUUGUCCCUUCUGCUCCGGGUCGGGUUCUUGCUUCCCGAAACACCAAGACGUCGGUGGUGGUGCAGUGGGACCGACCCAAGCAUGAGGAGGACCUGCUGGGCUACUACGUGGACUGCUGCGUGGCCGGAACCAACCACUGGGAGCCCUGCAACCACAAGCCCAUCGGAUACAACAGGUUCGUGGUACACGGCUUAACCACGGGAGAGCAGUACAUCUUCCGAGUCAAGGCGGUCAAUGCCGUGGGGAUGAGUGAAAAUUCCCAGGAAUCAGACGUCAUAAAAGUGCAGGCUGCACUCACCGUCCCGUCCCAUCCUUAUGGGAUCACACUCCUCAACUGUGACGGCCACUCCAUGACCCUCGGCUGGAAGGUUCCGAAAUUCAGCGGUGGCUCGCCCAUCCUGGGCUACUACCUGGACAAGCGUGAAGUUCACCAUAAAAACUGGCACGAGGUCAAUUCCUCACCCAGCAAACAGACAAUCCUAACGGUCGGUUGGUUUUUAUUUCUUUGUUUAUUUUUGCCUGGGUGGUUCUUUACAGUUUUUGGGCAAUGUUUCCGCGUUUGAUGACAUUAGAUAAUUUGAUAGACACAAAAAUGGAUUAAAAAAUAGUAU